ACCCCAUGACAUGUUUUGUUUUCCACGAUUCACUACCAAGCUCUCCAUUCGUAACGAACAUAGGCUAGUAACAUCCGCCGCUGCAAGGUUUAUAAAUUUAUUAAGAACUAGGUCUAAGUUUUUCUCCUCAAAAUCUAAUAUGGAUUUAGAAAAUUUUAAGCCUUUUCCAAAUAUUUCUACUGAUAUUAUACACGAAGGACAAGAUCCGGAACAAUGGAAAUCCAUGGCAGUGAUACCUCCCAUUUCAACAUCAACAACUUUUAAACAGUUUGCACCGGCUGAGCACAGUGGUUUUGAGUACUCUCGCAGUGGAAAUCCUACUCGCAAUUGUCUAGAGCAAUGUUUAGCAGCGUCAGAAGGAGCAAAGCAUGGUCUGUGCUUUGCAUCUGGAUUGGCAGCAACAAUGACUGUUACUCAUUUACUAAAUAAUGGAGACCAUGUGAUAAGCAUGGAUGAUGUCUAUGGUGGGACCAACCGCUACUUUAGUAAAUGUGCAGCUAAAUUUGGCCUUGACAUUUCGUUUGUUGACUGUACUCAGGUUAAAAAUGUUGUUGAUGCACUAAAGCCAAAAACACGAAUGAUAUGGAUAGAAACGCCCACCAACCCCACCAUGAAAAUUGUGGACAUUGCAGCCGUGUGCCAGGCUGUGAGAUCAGAGACCAGCUCGUGGGAAGUGAAGCCAUUUGUUGUCGUCGACAACACUUUCAUGUCUGCUUAUUUUCAGAGACCAUUAGCCUUGGGAGCUGAUAUGACCAUGCAUUCUUUAUCUAAAUACAUGAAUGGUCACAGUGAUGUUAUCAUGGGUGCCAUUCUACUAAACGAUGACGUCCUGGCUGAAAAACUUCGGUUUUUCCAGAAUUCUCUGGGAGCUGUUCCUUCCCCAUUUGAUUGCUACCUCUGUAAUCGUGGCAUGAAGACCCUGGCAGUCAGAAUGAAGGAGCACAUGAUUAAUGGUUUAGCUGUAGCAAGGUACCUUGAGUCGCAUCCUGCUGUGGAGAGAGUGGUCCAUCCUGGCCUUCCUUCGCACCCCCAGUAUGAGUUGGGGAAAAGACAGAUGAUUGGAUACUCAGGCAUGCUGAUAUUUUUCAUCAAAGGUGGUCUGGAGGCAUCAAAAACAUUUUUAAAAUCAGUGAAGAUUUUCACCUUGGCUGAAAGUCUAGGCGGAUUUGAGAGUCUUUGUGAAUUGCCAUCCUUGCAAACACAUGCUUCAGUCCCAGAGGACCAGAGAAAGAAACUCGGCAUCUCUGACUCUCUCAUCCGUUUGUCUGUUGGCUUGGAGGACAUUGAAGAUCUGAUUAAUGAUCUGGACCAAGCCCUUAGAGCUGCUAGUUUUUAUGUACCAGUAAAUAAACGCAGCUCAAUCAAAAGACCUGUUGACAAUUUAAGAAGUUUUGAUAAUGCUUAAAGAACUAAGAAUUAAGAAGCGAGUUAUAGUAAAUUUAUGUAGAUGAGGUUAAAUGCUAGAGGAGCUACCAUUGCUGGACUCUAUGCCUGUGGGAAAUUAUCUUACACAGAUCUUCAGUGCCAUUUGAACUUUUAUUUGUAAUUGGUUACUGAAUAAAGAGGAAUAUCUUAGUUGUAUGCACAAAUCUACCCCCUGUUUAACUGUCAAUUUUUUCAUAACAUCUUUUGAGUGAAAACCAUAUACACUUUUUCAAUAUAAACUGUGUCCAUCCAAUGUAUUUUAAAAAAAGAAAUAUUUAUUUGUUAUAAUUUAAGAUCCACCCUUUGAUUUUCAAUAUUACAAGUUUAAAAAUAUUUCUUUACCAACUAAUUAUCAAGUUUAAAAUAUAUUCUUUUUACACAAAUAUCUAUUCUUAUAUAUAAAAUAAACACUUUUUGCACUGAUCAGUCUUCAUGUAUACCUCCACUUCAUUGUUAAUCUAUUUUUUCUUCAAAUGUUAUUGUGCAACUAAAACACUUAAACUUAUUUUCUAUAUUUGAAUUGUGAAUUUACCUCAAGUUUAUUUUCUAAUUUUCUCUAAAACUGCUUUGAUAUUUUCCUCUUGAUGUUAAAGAAAGUUUUCAUGCGUUAGUUAUAUUAUAAUUUGACCUGAUUAAGCUUCUUAUUAAUUUUCAUUUUAAAUAUAAUUUCUAUUUUCACUUCAUUAAAAAAAAAAUCAUUCAUAUUAUAAUUUUAGUGCUUACCUUUUUAAUUUAAACAAUUUUGAUAGACUAUCACUUUUAUUGGACAUACAUUAACUCUAGUCUAGAUGAUUGGACUGUUUUUUGUUUUUGUUUGGUUUUAUAUCAAACCUGGUGGCAUUAAAAUGAUUUAAAGUAACUAUUCAUUUAUAAACUUUGAUACUGCUUAUUUUAUUAUUAACUCUUAUUUACAAAGAUUAAACCCUUGAUUGUUUUAUCUGUGGUUCAUUAUUUUUCUUUUCAUUUUUCACCUCCUAGUAAUUGUUUCAAAUUCAAAAAUUGAAAAUGAACACAAUUUUUUAAAAUGAUUUUCUAGUGUGUGUGAAUUAGCUUACUUAUUUGUUGUAGGAGUUUUACCCCUUAUGAAAUAUUUGUAUUCACUUUAACUCUUUUGCCUACUAUAUUUAGAUUUUCUUUGUUCAUUUUUUAUGAUUAAUUAUUAUUUUUCGAACUGUUGUAGUGUUGUGGCAAUGGUAUAUCAAUUAUCAGGGAUUGUUUCUAGGUUAAUACUUAAUCCUCCAAUUGCUAAGUGUUUUGGUUCUGUACAGAUCAUUUAUUCGCAAUUGUAGUUUGUAAAAGGAAUCUCGGUGAAUUUGCUCUUCUUUUUUCUCCCACUUCAUUUGAUGUUUUACAGCAUCAUUGCCAUCCAGUCGUUUUAUUGUAACAGUGCUAUACAACACAUGCCACAAAGGCAGUGCAAGUCUGGUAGGGUAUUUAAAAUGGUUUUAUAAUAUCUGAUUUAUUGCUAAUGGAUCUGUUUUGAGUGUUAUUAGGGUAUGUUAAUGAUUUAACAUGUAAAUUCAUGUAAACUUGUUGAUUUUGAUGGACUGCUUUGGGAAAAAUUCUAUUAAAAAUAAAACAACUUAA